AUGGGUACAGGUGACCGGUUACUGGACAUACCGUGCAAUGUAUGCGGGGAUAGGAGCUCCGGCAAACAUUACGGCAUCUACAGCUGCGACGGGUGUUCGGGUUUCUUCAAGCGAUCGAUACACAGGAACCGCGUGUACACUUGCAAAGCGGGCGGCGAGUUGAAGGGCCGCUGUCCUGUCGACAAAACACAUCGCAACCAAUGUCGCGCAUGCAGACUUGCUAAGUGUUUCCAGGCCAAUAUGAACAAAGAUGCCGUCCAGCACGAGCGCGGUCCUCGUAAACCGAAGCUGCACUCCGGUGGGCUGGGCGCGCUGGCGCCUCCGCUCGCGCACUCGCAUGCCCACAAGCCGCACGCGCUCAAGCUGUCGCCGCCCUCCCCAUACGCACCGAUGCCGCAGCCCUUUAACUUCCAAUUCAGUCUAAGCGGCAUGAGCGAGCCGGCACCGCUGAGCGCUGCGUCGUCUGCGGAGUCAAGCGGGGCGGGCGGAGGCGGGGGCGCGGGCGCCGCCAGCCCGCUGCCGCUGCUCGCCGAGCCAUUCCUUGCGCCACCACCCGGCUUGUUGCACAUGCUCAUGUCAUCGGAUAAAUGCCAAGAACUAAUGUGGAGCGCGAAGCAGUUGCAACUACAAGGAGACCCCACACUACUGCGGCCGCCGCCCAGUCCGUUCGGGGCACCACUUGCGCCCACGUGGGAGCUUUUACAAGAAACAAGCGCACGCUUGUUGUUCAUGGCGGUGCGUUGGGUGCGAUGCCUGGCGCCGUUCCAAGCGCUGGCGCCGAGCGACCAGCUGGUGCUCCUGCGAGCGGCGUGGAAGGAGCUCUUCCUGUUGCAUCUGGCGCAGUGGGCAGCGCCCUGGGACCUCGCCCCGCUGCUAGCCGCUCCUGUCGCCAGAACCCGUUUGCCCCCAGACCCACUCGCGGACUUGGAACUCAAUACUCUACAGGAAAUUCUGUGUCGGUUUCGUCAAAUAGCACCAGAUGGCAGCGAGUGUGGCUGCAUGAAAGCUAUUGUUCUGUUUUCACCAGAUACGCCCGGUCUGAGCGAGACACAGCCUGUGGAGAUGUUGCAGGAUCAAGCACAAUGCAUACUAGCGGACUACGUGCGUACACGAUACACACGACAACCUACCAGAUUCGGGCGACUGCUACUCCUGUUACCGUCACUGCGUGCUGUGCGCGCACGCUCUAUAGAGCUGCUGUUAUUCCGAGAGACAGUGGGCGAUGUGUCUGUCGCCACGCUACUGCACGACAUGUACCGCAUGCAGCCCGCACCCGCCCCCGUGCCCGCGUUCCCGCCGCCAACCAUCACGGAACAUUGCGCCUCACCAUAA